CACACAUGGCGGUGAGGCGGGCAGGCCGCCGCGUGCCAACACAGCUGCCUAUUGAGAGGCAGAGGAACGGACACAAUACUCACCAACGCAGAGCCGCUGCCUAAUCACUAGCGCGCAGAUCCAGGACACAAGGAGUACAGGAUGUCUGACCAGCAGAGCACUGCCCCAGAGCAGCUGCACCCUGGGACGAGCCAGGGCGGGGCUGUGGCUACCUACAAGGUGGUGCUGUUUGAAUAUGGAAACUUCCGGGGACGCAAGGUGGAGCUUUCCGCUGAGUUGAACGAUGUGACGGAGACGGGUCUUGAGAAGGUGGGCUCGCUGAUAGUGGAGCAGGCACCCUGGGUGGGCUAUGAGUGCCAGGCCUUCAUUGGCGAGCAGUUCAUUCUAGAGAGGGGAGAAUACCCCCACUGGAACUGCUGGACCAGCAGCCAGAGCAGCUCCUCCCUGCUGUCCCUCAGACCGCUCAAAGUGGACAGCGCAGAGCAUAAACUCCACCUGUUUGAGGAAGAGGGCUUCGCCGGGAGGAAGAUGGAGAUUGUGGAGGACGACGUUCCCAGCUUGUGGGGACAUGGCUUCCACGACCGCGUGGGAAGCGCCAAGGCUCUGAACGGAACAUGGGUGGGCUACAUGUACCCCGGCUACAGAGGGCGCCAGUACAUCUUUGAGCGCGGAGACUUCAAGCACUGGAACGACUGGGCGGCCCCCACGCCCCUGAUCCAGUCUGUCCGCCGCGUCAGGGACAUGCAGUGGCACAAGAGGGGCUGCUUCGACGACCUGGCCCCGGCCCCGGGCCCCGCUCCUGCCCCCGCACCGGGCCCCGCCCCGGCCCCCGCCCCAGGGCCCGCACCGGCCCCUGCCCCGGGCCCCACACCACCCGCACCCCCUGCAGUGGCCGGAGCCAACUGA